GCAUUGCGCGCCAUUGACGGACAGGCGCGGGCAGGCGCAACCUUUAGCUAGAGGAAGGCCAGACUUGGGUCAACAGCGAAAUGCGACUCCAAAGCUGACACGGCGGGCAGAGAAAACGUUGGACCCUGCAUGUCGCCCUCCUGACUCUGGUGCUGUCCGAGCGCUGCCUAUGUCCGCGCCUGUCCGAUAGAUCUAACUUCUCCAUGAUUUGACCACGCCGCGACACGCGACUUCCGAAUUGCUCUCCUCGGCGUAUCGUUGAACGCACCCACCACCAACUACCAGUGAGCUGUGGCGCCUUCUGUCAGCGCUGGCUCUCCACCACCUUCGCAUCAAGAGGUUGGCAGAACCGCUCCCCUCGCGCCUACUCGGCUGCUGCCAGGAGCGCACGGCAUCUGCAACCGUAAAGGCUGACCAGGCGCCGGCGGCCAGCAGCGCCCUCGACACUCGACCAGAAUGUUCGAGCGGUUCAAGGGAAUCAAAGGCGUCAUCGACCGCACCAUAGCCGAGGAGCAGGCCAAGGCCAAGGCCCUCUCGGACCAACGCGACGCUUCGUCGGCCUCGGCCUCGGCCGCCCGCCGGUCUGCCUCCACCUCGCGCAACGGCAAGAACGAGUCACCCGCACGGCGCGCGCGAGCCUCGAGGAAGCCCAGCCAGGACGUCUCGAGGGACUCGUCGGAAGCCCCCGCUAACACGGACCCCUCCGUCUUCGAGGCCGCCUUUGUCAUCGACGACACGGACGAACCAACCGCCACCCCCGCCCGCUCCUCGGAAUCCUCUGAGAGCGACCCCAGGAGGUCUUCCGCCAAGAUGGAGCCCGAAGACAAGGGGACGACGACCGGGGCCGACGCAGGCGAUGCGCCCGACGGCAAGAGGUCAGCAGGGAAAGACAAGGAUAAGGAGAGAGACAGGCCGGCCCGACCAGAUUCGGCGGCGUCGGGCCAGUCGGCCUCCCUCUCUCCCGAGAUCCGCUCCAAACUGCGCAAGCUAGACAAGCUCGAGGCGACUUAUCCAGAGCUGCUACGCUCGUACAGGAUCGCCCACGGCCGGGCCACUUCGAUUGAGCCUUUUGAGCGUGCGCUGCGGGAGAAUACCCCCUUGACCACGAUCAAAGACCCGGAAGCCUUCCUCGAAUAUCUCAAACAGGUCAACAUGAAGGCAGACAUGAUUAUGGAUGAGCUGAAGCGUGUGUCUGCCGAGAAGGACUCUUUCAAAAAGAAGCUGGAGGACACCGAGGUAGAGCUCGCGACGACCAAGGAAGAGCUAUCCAAGCUCAAGGAGCCAAAGCAGAAGCCUGCCGAGGAGCCGUCGCCCGACGCUACUGAUGCAAAGGAAGACUUGUUUUCCUUCGAGGCCGAGAACUCCCAGUUCGAGGCGCAGCUGGCGGCCAAGUCGGAAGAGAUUCAGAAGCUGCAGACUGAGGUCGAAUCGUUGAAGACAGAGCUUUCCGUAAACACAUCUGCCAGAACCGCCGAGGCCGAGCAACUACAGGCCCAGGUUGGUACGCUCGAGUCGGAGCUGUCGGCUGCAAAGCAGGCGAAGGAGGAACUGUCCGAAAAGCUUGCCAGGGCAGCCGCUGAAGUGAGCGAUGCAUGCAAAGAUGCCGCCGCUGCGCAGGCCGCUCUGCAGGCCGAGAUAGACGCCCGCGCCAGCGAGAUUGUCAGUCUGAAGGAAAAGCUUGAUCAGGCGCAAGCUCAGCUAAAGGACCUUGAAGUGACGAAAGAGAAGCAGAAAACAGUCUCGACUACGGCCAUCCUAGAUCAGCAGUCCAAACUCUCGACAGCCAAAGACGAGAUCGAAAAUCUCAAGAAGCAAGUCAAGUCGCUGACGGAAGAAAAGGCGGUGCUUCUCAAGCGCGACGCCGCCAGAGCAGCUAAACCAAGCCCAGCUGCCACCCCGGCGGCAAAGCCCCAGCCGACACCUACCCCUGCCUCCAAGAAGAACAACAAGAGGAAGGGCAAGGGCAAAGGCCCCGCGGCCGCUCCCGAACCCCCUGCCGUGGGCUCGGAGCAGGAUGGGCCCACCGAAGCCGCCCCGUCGGCGCCAACCGAGCCUGUUGCGGACGCCCCCGCAGUCGAUGUGUCUGCUCUGCAGGAAGAGAUAGCGCGCCUCAGAGAGGAUGUAGAGAAAAAGGACGCGUCCAUCGAGCGGCUGUCGAAGCAGCGCAGUACGGAGGAGGACCUGCGCGAGGAGGUCGAGAAUAUGAAGGACGAUCUGAUCCACAUUGGGCAGGACAAUGUGGUGGCCAAGGAUCGCCUCAAGACUUUGGAAGCUGAAAAAGCCGAGCUGAAGGUCUGCAUCUCGACGCUGGAGCAGGAACUGGCCAAGAUCCCCGAAAAGGCGCUGGCGGCCCAGGAAGAGCUGGUGGACAAGGUAAGGUGGCUCAGGGAGCACUUCAGCGACUUGCAGCAGAAGCAGAGUGAGGCCACCCAGGUCAUUGAGCAGACAAGCACCCUCAAGUCGGAGUUGGGUGCGUCCCAGCAGCUCGCACAGAGCCGCUUCAAGGAGCUCGCGGACCUCAAGGAGAUGCUCCAGAAGGCACAGCCAGAGCUCAAGAGCCUGCGUGCCGAGGCAGCGACGCUCAAGGGCACCAAGGAGCAGCUGGCAGCCAAGGUGGCCGAGGUGGUGGUGCUGGAGGGCAGGGAGAAAAACGUCAAGGCGGAGCUGGCCAGGGCGAGGCAGGACGUGGCGGAUCGGGACUCGGAGAUCAAGACGCUACGCGACAAGCUGGCGACGGAGAACAAGCAGCGAGCGCGGACCGAAGACGAGAGGCGCGUGGCGGGCCGCGACCUGCGGCGGUCCGAGGCGGAAAAGAUCGAGCUCAGCGCCAAGGAGGAGAAGGCAAGGCGCGAGCUGGAGAAGCUGCAAGAGGAUAUAUCUAAGGUGCAGCCCCGGAUCAAGGCGCUAGACGGCGAAGUCAGCAGGCUGAAGAAGGAACGGGACGAAGCACGCGAGGAGCUGCAGCUCAAGACGUCGCAGUACGCCAAUGCGCAGAACCUUCUGGGCAGCAUGCGCGACCAGACGGCCGAGCUGGGCACACAGCUCAAGGAGGCACAGGCGCAGGGCGAGUCGCUGGACGAGGAGCUGGCUGAGUGCCGAAGGCUGCUGGAGGAGCGGACGCGCGAGGCGGAGAAAAUGCGACGGCUGCUCAACGAGGCAGAUGAGCGGGCUGACACUCAGGUGCGCGAAAUGCGCACGCGGCUGGACGCGGCCGUGGAGGAGCGCGACCGGCUCGAGGACGAGUCGUCGACGCUGGCACGCAAGAAGGCGCGCGAAACAGAGGAGCUGCGCGGGCGCAUCCGCGACCUGGAGCGCGAGUCCAAGGCGGUGGCCAACGAGCGUGACGACCUGGAGCAGCGCGAAAAGGAGUGGCGGCGACGGCGCGAGGAGCUCGAGGCGCUCGAGGAGACGGCGCGGGCCGAGGUGAUGGAGAUGCGGUCGACGGUGGCGACGUUGCAGGCGUCACUGACGGCGUCGGAGCAGCAGGUGCGCGAGGCUGAGCGCCGGCGCGCCGAUCAACAGCGCAUGAUGGACGACUGCAAGACACGUGCCGCCAAGGCCGAGCGCGAUCUCAAGUCGGUGCAGUCGAGGCUGGGCAUGCCGGCCGCUGGGCCUGGCCCCACCUCGAUGGACUCGGGCCGGUCCAGCCCGCAGGCCAACGGCGCCGCUGCUGGUGCCCCCGAUGCGCUGUAUCUCAAGACCAUCCUGCUGCAGUUCCUCGAGCAGAAGGACAACAGGCUCAGGGCACAGCUGGUGCCCGUGCUGGGGAAGCUUCUCCAGUUUAACAAAGCCGACGAGCAAAAGUGGCUUUCCGUUGUCCAGAACAUGACCAUCAAAUAGAGGUAGAGCAGCAACGGCGGCCGCAUGUGGGUUCGACGACAAGAAGCAGCGUCCCUAGCCUUGCCGCAAUGCAUGUCUGGGUGUGUACGACAAUGUAUGAGCGAAGAGAGAGCAUAGCCAUAAAUAAAAUGUGUUUACAG